AGCAGCCCGUGCUGGCGCCCUCGUCAGGCUGCCCUAUAGUGUUACAGCUUGGGGAUGUACUUACACUCUUCUGCUGCCUACAGAUCGCGUUUAUUUUCCUGUACAUACAUAGCACGGUAAUGUCUGUCUGAUCAGAGAUGUCUCUUGCUGGGGUACGGAGUCUUGUCUCCACAGCUUGGAGAUGGGGGUCUUUCCUCACCCGAGCUGCUCUGCCAACCUCCAGCGCCUCGUCCAUCGUGGACUCCCGCAGCAUGGCCACCCUGAAUCAGAUGCACAGAGCUGGGCGGCCAAAGAAACAGCCAACCAAAUUAGGAAUCUUGGGCAAUAACCCUCAGCUCAAAGGAGUCGUACUUAAGACCAUUAUCCGUAAGCCCAAAAAACCCAACUCUGCCAACCGCAAGUGUGCCCGUGUACGGCUCAGCAACGGCAAGGAAGUGGUGUGCUUUAUUCCUGGAGAAGGACACAACCUGCAGGAACACAACAUAGUGCUGGUAGAAGGCGGGCGCACGCAAGAUCUGCCGGGGGUGAAACUUAAGGUUGUCCGGGGAAAAUAUGACUGUGGCCACGUGAAAAAGAAGCAAUAAUUAAUUUUGCGUUGUUUACCACAGUAAAGCUUUCCUACUGUGAAAUUGCAACUCUCCAAUCAUUGUAAAGGGAAAACAGGAACAAUUGUCUACAAUAUUUGUUUUACAGGACAUGAAGCAAUGACCAUCUGUCUCCUCUAUUUCGAGUUACAAAAAUAAAUUGUGUAAAUGUU